GCUCUGCCCAUGCAAGCCCUGUACCAACUGUCUGCCACAGGGGCUCAACAACAGAAUCAACAAAUUCCGAUUGGAUUGAGCAACUCAUUGCUCUAUCAGCAAUUGGCGGCACAUCAGCAAAUUGCUGCUCAACAGCAUCAGCAACAGCUCGCUGUCUCUGCAGCUCAUCAAACACAAAACAAUAUAAUGCUUGCUACCAGCGCUCCAUCAUUGAUUAAUCAUAUGGAGAACUCGACGGACGGUAAAGUCAAGGACGAUCCGAACAGUGAUUACGAUUUGCAACUCUCGAUUCAGCAACAAUUGGCGGCGGCAGCGCAAGCUGCUCAGAUGGGACAAACGCAGAUUGGUCCACAAAUUGUGGGACAACAAGGGCAGCCGGUAGUCGCCACAACGGCCGGUUCGACGAAUGGCUCGGCGGCCGUCACACAGCCCGAUCCCAGCACUAGCUCCGGACCCGAUGGACCAAAAAGACUUCACGUAUCGAAUAUCCCAUUCAGAUUCAGAGACCCAGACCUCAAAACGAUGUUUGAGAAAUUUGGUGUGGUUUCCGACGUAGAAAUUAUUUUCAAUGAGCGAGGAUCAAAGGGGUUUGGAUUUGUGACAAUGGAGAGACCGCAGGAUGCUGAGAGAGCUAGACAAGAGCUUCAUGGAUCAAUGAUUGAAGGACGGAAAAUUGAAGUCAACUGCGCUACAGCUCGUGUUCACUCGAAGAAAGUUAAACCAACUGGAGGAAUCCUGGACCAAAUGAACCCACUGAUGGCCCAAUCAGCUCUUGCCGCACAGGCUCAGAUGAACAGAGCCCUAUUGCUCCGUAGUCCAUUGGUAGCACAAUCUCUUCUUGGUCGCGGAGCCGCUUUAAUCCCCGGAAUGCAACAGCCCGCGUUCCAAUUGCAAGCGGCUUUGGCUGGCAAUCCGCUGGCACAACUUCAAGGUCAACCUUUGCUGUUCAACGCUGCAGCCCUUCAAACGAACGCACUCCAACAGUCGGCGUUUGGAAUGGAUCCGGCCGCCGUUCAAGCUGCUCUGCUUGCCAAUGAGCAAGCUCGGUUUCAACUCGCUGCUGCCGCUGCUCAAGGACGGAUCCCAUCAUCUGGAAAUGCCUCGGCGUUUGGCGAACAAUACCUUAGCAACGCGUUGGCCACCGCCUCACUCCCCUCAUAUCAAAUGAACCCGGCGCUUAGAACGUUAAAUCGAUUUACUCCGUAUUGAGUGGCCCCCCGUUUUGGUAAACGAUAUUCAAUUCCUGACCUCACUUUUUUUUGACUCAGAAACAACUUUCUUUGUUGUAAAUCCUCUCUGAAAAAACUUUUCUCAAUGUAGUUGUAGUUGUACCCCUUUAUGAUUCGAUACAUAUGUAUUUUCGAUUGUAUCACAUUUCACAGCAACGCGAUAACUCCUAUUCUUCCCCCCGUUUUAUGCUAGUCUCCGGAGUUUUAUCAACAAUACGGCGUAAUUUUUUGUUUGAAUAUGAGAAGUUUUUAUUUCUUUUACACCUUUAUCCCAUCACACAUUUUUUCACAUUUUUCAAUAAUAAUUUUCAGCUUUAAUUGUAAGUUUCCAUAAUUUUAAUCAACAUUUUUCUUUCAUGUUGAAUUUAAACGCAUCUCCACCAAUUUUUGUGUUUGCAUCCGGAUUGAUUUUCAAAAAAAAAAAAACGUUUUUCCGCAUCUUUUUUUUCAUGUCUAUUUAUCCUUGUCUUUUUCCCACACAACACCCACCGUUCAUUUGCUUUCCAGUACUCCUUUGUGUUUCUUACUUCUUCUUCUUUUUUUUCCACGUCUCUUGGUGUACAUGAAUCUUUUCCUUAAA